CGUCUGGGUUAAGUUGCUCAGUCGAUCGAUCCGAGUAAGGGCCGUAGGUCAAACUGGUUUUCAACUUUCAUAGGUUCCUCGGUGAAAGACGCUCGUCGGAAAUUCCUGAACAGGAUCAAACAUUCUGGUGCGCGUUCUGAAUUCAAUGGCAGAAAACCUGUUUCAAGGGUUGCCGCCUCCAUCAAAUCGUCCGCCUCAGCCUUCGGUUUCAGAACAAUCUUCUGAAGCUACGAAGAAGGAGUCAUCUCCGGUUCCAGCUCCCGCUCCCAUUCUCAAAAGCGCUCUCAAACGAGAAAAACCUCCUCCCGAACCACAGAAUGAUGCUGCUGUUGCUGCACCACAAAAGCGUUUGAGGUUCAAAACAACGGUGGAUGCCUCUGAGACACAGGUAAUAGAAGCGAUGCAGAAGAUAACAUCGCAUAUAAAGAAUCCUGCGAAGUUCAGCAAAGCAUCCAAGCUUGCGAUGCAACUUAUUCAGGCUGGUAGUGUUAAGCAAGGAACUAGUGAUUAUUUUUUUGCCAUACUAGAAACUGCAAUGUCUUCUCCAACGGCUUGUACAGACCCUUCGUUGCGAGCAGACUAUCAUGCUUUAUUUUCGGCAGCCCAAGAUGUUAGCGAUUGCCUCAGUAAGAAGCAGAAAAAUCAGUUAACGACAUGGACAAUUAGAGCGGUGGUGGCAAAUGACCUAUACACAGAUGACAGCUUUGUGUUUUCAAAAGCAGCCGGACGGAUAAAAGAAUACAUAUCAAGCCUUCCUGUUGCAACCAAGGAUGAUGACAUGGAAGAAACUGUUGCGCUAAAAGAUGAGGGAGGAGGAACAGAUGCAAAUGGCCAAGAACAGGAGACUUGCUUAUCUGUUUCUCCUGAAGCACAUAGGAAAGAAGAGUUCGAUCCUUUUGGGCUAGAUGCCCUGAUUCCGAGCACAUCUAAGAAAGAUGAAAAAGCCAUAGGAAAGAAGGAGGUGACCGCUAUGAGCAAGAAGGUACAGGAAGAGGAAUCUCUUGGAUUCCUCAAGUCACAGAGAGAAGCUUUAGUUCUUUGUUUAGAGAUUGCUGCAAGGCGUUACAGAAUUCCAUGGUGCCAAACUGUCAUUGAUAUCCUAGUAAAGCAUGCCUUUGAUAACAUAGAGAAGUUUACAUCACAACAACGGAACGCAAUUCAGAAACUUUGGGCAUCUGUACGAGAGCAGCAAGCUCGUAGGAAGCAAGGGAAAUCUGUAACUGGGAAGCUGGACAUGAAUGCAUUCGAAUGGCUUCAGCAGAAAUAUGCUAGCGAGAAGAUUAGCAUUCGGCAUGCUGUGGGUGGAGGGGGUGAUCGUCGUGCGGAACAGUGGCUUGGUUAAUCAAUUACCACCGAAAUAUCAAUGUAAAGUUGUAAACUACUUAAUCUAUAAAAAGAUUAAUUUAACGGUUCGAUUGAACCAGUUGCUCAAAA